GAAGGGCGUCUAUUCAAUUUAAUUUCCCCUUCAGACCUGAGACACAUAGUCCUUAAUGCAACGCAAGCGUCGCUCAUCUUCUGUCGCAUCCCAGACGUUUUUUGAGGAGCGCAGAAGGCGCAACUCUGAUGUAGAUGGGGCGAAGGUAGCUCUGGAUAUCGCAACAGCACAGGAAGAGAAUGUUUUCCUUUUUGUGCCUAACCUGAUAGGUUACACUCGAGUGAUUCUCGCUGCCUUGUCCUUGCACUACAUGAGCACACAUCCGAAGUCAUGCACAUUUUUAUAUGCUUUAUCGUGCAUCUUAGAUGCUGCGGAUGGCUUUGCGGCUCGAAAGUUGGGGCAAACAUCAAGAUUUGGUGCCGUUCUGGAUAUGGUCACUGACCGUUGCACAACUUCAUGUCUAUUAUGUUUUCUUUCCUCCGCAUACCCCGAUUAUGCCACGGUUUUUCAGUUUUUGAUCGCCUUGGAUUUCAGCAGUCAUUAUAUGCACAUGUACAGUUCCCUUGAGACUGGAGCCAAGACUCAUAAAGCUGUCACUAGCGAAGUCAGUCGCAUUCUGCGAUUUUACUACAACCCACUGAAUCUUUUUCUCAUUUGCGCUGGGAAUGAGCUUUUUUUCAUCGCCUUAUAUCUCAUCAAGAAGUGGGAGACCUCACCGAUUGGUGAACCUUUCAGAUCUCUUGCUCUUGGAUUUCCCUACCGUUAUCAAGCACAUGUUGCUGACAUAACCUGGCCGCAACUCCUCGCUGUCCUCACAUCUGGUGUUUGUUUCCUUAAGAACAUCAUCAAUGUGGUGCAAUUAUGGAAGGCCAGUAAAAUUCUUGUUGGGUUAGACAUAGCGGAGCGUGCAAGCCGGAGGCUGGAACGUGCCAUGGCAGAGUCAAAGGAGGAGUAGUCUGAUUUAAAAAAAAUAAACCGUUAGACUUUAUAGUUCUGAGUGUGUUCAUCUCUAGAUAACCCCAUAAUACAGCAUACCUUUUCUGGGACGAACCACCGUCCCUUGACGUCU